AUGAGCAGCCAGUACAGCAACUACCCGGGCCACAACCCCUCGGCCGCCCCGUCUCGCCCUCCACCCGGCGCCCCCGGCCCUCCUCCUGGCCCGCCUUACGCCGCCGCGCCCUACGGCGGCGGGCCCCAGCGCGGCGCCUACCAGCCCUACGGCGGCGACCGCGGUGCCCACCGCCCGGGCCCGUACGACGACCGCGAGCGCGGUGCAGCAGCAGGUGCAGGCGCGGGAGGGUACGGCGGCGCGAGGGACAGCGGGUGGGGCGCAGGGCGCGGCGGCGCUCCGGCCGGCGGCAUGGGCGGCAGGAGGCGCAGCGCGAGCCCGGACUACAGCCGUGGCGGAGCGGGCGGCGGCGCAGCAGCAGGUGGACCGCCCGCGAGGGGAUACGGCGGCGACGACCGCGGUGGGUACGGGCCGCCGCAGGGUGGUGGGUACGGCGGCUACGGCGGUGGACCGCCUCGCGGGCCUCCUGGUGGCUACGGCGGCGGCGGCGGCGGUGGUGGGAGCGCGUUCGGGCGGCAGGACCUCGGCGACCCUUUCGCCCGUGGUGGACCGGCGCCCGGCGAGCGCGACGAGGGCGAGGUCAUCCGCCAGAGGGUCAACCGCGAGAGACCGUGCCGCACCCUGUUUGUGCGCAACCUCAAGUUUGGCCUCAUGCCCGAGGACGUGCGCCGGCCGUUUGCCGAGAUCGGCGACAUUAAAACGUUCUUCGACCUCGUCGAGAAGCGCGCCAUCGCGUUCGUCACCUACUACGAUGCGCGUGCGGCGAUGAUGGCCAAGGACCGCAUGCACCAGUUCCCGCUCAUGGGGCGGCCCAUGGACGUGCACUACUCGCUGCCGCGCGACGCCGACCUCGCCAAGGGCUGCGACCGCGAGACGGGCCAGGGCACGCUCUCGAUCAAGAUCCGCAACGGCCCGCCGGGCCUGUCGUCGGGCCCGUCCGACCACGACAUCCACCAGCGGUUCGCGCCCUUUGGCGACAUCAAGCUCGUGUUUGCCGACCCUCGCCGCGACGACAUCAAGUACAUCGAGUACUUUGACUCGCGCGGCGCCGUCAAGGCGUACGACCACCUCAACGGGACCCCGUUCCCGGGCGGCGGCACGCUCGACCUCGCGUUCGAGUGGGACAAGCCCGCGCCGGCUCCGCCGCCCGUGCCCGUGCCCGCCCAGCCGCCGCAGGCGUCGAACGGCGGCUACGGCUACCAGCAGCCGCCCGGCGCGGGCGCGUACGGCGGCCCGCCCCCUCCUCCUCACGGCGCGUCGCCUUACCCGGGCGGCGCGUCGCCUUACCCCGGCGCACUUCCCCCUCCUCCUGCCGCCAUGUCGCCCUACGGCGCAGCUGCACCUCCUCCCGGCGCCGGCGCCGCCGCCGCCCCGGCUCCCGCCCCUCACGGCGUCGACCACGCCAAAAAGAUGCAGGACCUCCUCGCGUCGCUCGUCGCCAACAACCAGGGCGCGCUCGGCGCGGGCGCCGCGCAACAGAGCCAGUACGGCGCCCCGCAGCAGCAGCAGUACAGCCACGGCUACCCGUCGUACGCGCCCGGGCCCACCCCGGCACCGCCCGCCGCUCAGGCCGCCGCGCCUUACAGCGGCGCGUCGCCGCUCCCGCCGGCCGUCGGUAGCCCGCUCGGCGCGGCCGCACCGUCGUCAGCGUCGGCGUCGGCGUCGUCGAGCCUGCCCGCAGCGGUGACGAGCCUACUCGCGCAGGCGGCGGGCGCGCCAGGCCGUCCUUCUUCGGCCGGCGGUGCGCCGUCGCAGGACGGCGGCUCGACGCCCCAGCAGCAGCAGCAGCAGGGCGGCGGGUACUCGCCUGCUCCCGCCAACGGGCCGGCGUCGCCGCAGGCGCAGGGUCAGGCGCAGGCCCCGGCGCAGGUCCAAGCGCUCCUUGCUCUCCUCGCGCAGCAGAAGCAGGGCUGAGCAACUCGUUCAGGGUCGACGAGGUGGUCGAGCAGGGGAGGAGAGGCUUGUGCGCGCAAAAGGGUCGAGCUAGCUUUUAUCGUGUCGUCACUGUAACUCUGUCCGAUUAUACCUC